GGGUCCGAGUCCGGGUCCGGGUCUGGGUCCGGCGGGGCGGGAGCGGCGGCCAUGGGCGUCCCCAAGUUCUACCGGUGGAUCUCGGAGCGGUACCCCUGCCUCAGCCAGGUGCUGAAGGAGCAUCAGAUUCCAGAAUUUGACAACUUGUACCUGGACAUGAACGGUAUUAUACAUCAGUGUUCACAUCCCAAUGAUGAUGAUGUUCACUUCAGAAUCUCAGAAGACAAGAUUUUUGCUGAUAUUUUUCACUAUUUGGAGGUACUAUUUCGCAUUAUUAAACCAAGGAAGGUUUUCUUCAUGGCAGUUGAUGGAGUAGCUCCAAGAGCAAAAAUGAAUCAGCAGCGUGGGAGACGCUUUAGGUCAGCGAAAGAAGCAGAGGACAAAAUAAAAAAGGCAUUAGAAAAGGGAGAAACUCUCCCUACAGAAGCCAGAUUUGACUCUAACUGUAUUACACCAGGAACUGAAUUCAUGGCCAGAUUGCACGAACAUCUUAAAUAUUUUGUAAACAUGAAGAUUUCCACAGACAAAUCCUGGCAAGGAGUAACAGUCUACUUAUCAGGCCAUGAGACUCCAGGGGAAGGAGAACAUAAAAUUAUGGAGUUCAUCAGAUCAGAAAAAGCAAAGCCCCAUCAUGAUCCAAACACAAGGCACUGUCUCUAUGGUUUAGAUGCUGACUUGAUUAUGCUGGGAUUAACGAGUCAUGAAGCACACUUUGCACUCUUAAGAGAAGAAGUCAGAUUUGGUGGUAAAAAAUCUCAAAGAGCAUGUGCGCCAGAAGAAACCACAUUUCACUUACUACACUUAUCACUAAUGAGAGAAUAUAUUGAUUAUGAAUUUUCACCAGUAAAAGACAAAAUUUCUUUUGAAUAUGAUAUUGAAAGGAUAAUAGAUGAUUGGAUCUUAAUGGGAUUCCUUGUAGGCAAUGAUUUUAUCCCUCAUCUACCUCAUUUACAUAUUAAUCAUGAUGCACUGCCGCUGCUUUAUAGAACGUAUAUGGCUAUCUUGCCAGAACUUGGAGGUUACAUAAAUGAAAAUGGGCAUCUGAACUUAAAACGCUUUGAGAAGUAUCUCACAAGAUUGUCAGAUUUUGAUCGUGAACACUUCAGCGAAGUCUUUGUAGAUUUAAAGUGGUUUGAAAGUAAAGUAGGCAAUAAAUACCUCAACGAGGCAGCUGGUAUUGCAGCAGAAGAAGCCAGAAACAAUAAACAAAAGAAACAUAAGGCUCAGGAAAAUUCUAUGUGUUUGGCUGCUUUAGAAAAAAAUGAAGUGACAUCUAAAAAUGUGGUGGAAGAUGAACCAGAAGAUGAUGAUCUUUUUGAAACUGAGUUUAGGCAAUACAAGAGAACUUACUACAUGACUAAGAUGGGUAUAGAAGUAGUUUCUGAUGACUUCUUGGCUGAUCAAGCUGAAUGUUAUGUCCAGGCAAUACAAUGGAUUUUGCACUACUAUUACCAUGGAGUUCAGUCAUGGAGCUGGUAUUAUCCUUACCAUUAUGCACCUUAUCUGUCAGAUAUUCGCAACAUCAGUGAACUCAAAAUCAAAUUUGAGCUUGGAAAACCUUUCAUGCCAUUUGAACAGCUUCUUGCUGUACUUCCAGCAGCUAGCAAAGAUUUAUUACCUAAAUGUUACCAGCAUUUGAUGAUUAGUCAAGAUUCUCCUAUUAUAGAAUAUUAUCCACCAGAUUUUAAAACUGACCUAAACGGAAAACAGCAAGAGUGGGAAGCUGUAGUAUUAAUCCCAUUUAUUGAUGAGAAACGACUGCUGCAGGCCAUGGAAUCAUGUAAUAAGUGCCUGAAGGAAGAAGAGAGACGAAGAAAUACUCACAGUGCUUGCUUAAUGUACUGGUAUGAAAAAGAUACAGAUUUCAAGUACAUGUCACCGUGGCCAGAAAAAUUCCCUGCGAUAGAAAGAUGUCAUUCCAGGUAUAAAACAAUUCCUUUGGAUGCCUGGCAUGUAGAAAUAACCCACAAUAGGAUAACUAAAAUCAACAAGAGUGCAUUAUAUUUCUGUGGAUUUCCGACUUUAAAGCACAUUAAACAUAAGUUCUAUCUUAAGAAGAGUGGCGUACAGGUCUUUCAGCAAAGCAGCCAUGGAGAAAAUAUGAUGUUAGAAAUCAUAGCUGAUGAGAAUUCAAAAGAACAGACUGUAGAAAAUGUUGCCAGUUCGAUACUUGGAAAGCUUGUUUUUGUUAACUGGCCACACCUUGAAGAAGCCAGAGUUGUUGCUGUGUCAGAUGGAGAAACUAAGUUUUAUUUGGAAGAACCACAUGGAACACAGAAGCUUUACAUGGGAAAUGCAGUGCCCCCAACUAAAGUGGCAUGUGUUGGAGAUAAAGAACAAAAUGCAUGGUUAAAAGAAGUGCAAGGAGUUUCAGAACAUUACCAGAGAAGAAAAGGAAUAAUUAUUCAUGAAACAUCAAUAGUUGUGUAUGCUCAGUUACUUACUGGUCGUAGAUAUCAACUAAAACAAAAUGGUGAAGUGUAUUUGGAGAAGCAGUGGUCAAAACAAGUUCUUCCUUUUGUUUACCAAACUGUUGUCAAGGAUAUCAAAGCCUUUGACUCUCGUUUUUCAAACAUCAAAACAUUGGAUGACUUGUUUCCUCCUGGGAGUACCGCCUUUAUGCUGGGAUCUCCUUACUAUGGCUGCAUGGGAGAAGUUCAAGAUUCACGUGAUGUAAUCACAGAAGGUAGAAUUCGCGUGGUUUUCAACAUUCCAUGUGAACCCCAGCUUGAUCCCUUAAUACAGAACCAGCAUAAAUAUUCUGUGAAAUACAAUCCUGCGUAUGUUUUGGCCAGUCGUCUUGGAGUAAGCGGGUAUCUUGUCUCCAGAUUUACAGGGAGUAUCUUUAUUGGAAGAGGAGCAAAGAAAAAUCCUCAUGGAGAUCACAAAGCAAAUGUGGGGCUGAACCUGAAAUUCAAUAAGAAAAAUGAAGAAGUUCCUGGUUAUACUAAGAAAGUUGGAAAUGAAUGGAUGUAUUCUUCUGCAGUAGAACAACUACUUGCUGAAUAUUUAGAAAGGGUGCCUGAGCUAUUUAAUUAUAUAGCCAAGAAUAGCCAAGAAGAUAUAUUCUAUGAAGAUGACAUUUGGCCUGGCGAGGAUGAGAAUGGGGCUGAGAAAGUUCAAGAAAUUGUUGCCUGGCUAAAGGCACAUCCUGUUUCUGCUUUGUCUCGCUCAUCCUGUGAUUUACAAAUUUUGGAUGCGGCCAUUGUUGAGAAAAUUGAAGAAGAAAUAGAGAAAUGCAAGCAGAGAAAGAGCAACAAGAAGGUACGAGUGACCGUGAAACCUCACUUGCUAUAUAGACCUUUAGAACAACAGAAUGGAGUUGUUCCAGAUCGAGAUGCAGACUAUAGGCUGUUUGACCGUGUUGUCAAUGUGAGAGAGAACUUUUCUGUUCCUGUGGGUCUUCGAGGUACCAUUAUAGGAAUUAAAGGAGCCAGUAGAGAGACAGAUGUGCUCUUUGAAGUUUUGUUUGAUGAAGAAUUCCUUGGAGGCCUAACUAUAAGGUGCUCACCUGCCAGAGGUUAUCGUCUGCCAUCAAGUGCCUUAAUUAAUCUAUCUCAUGGCAAUCGGUCAGAAAUAGGAAAUCAAAAACUGACGGCCAUAGUUAAACCCCAGCCAGCUGUGAAUAACUACAAUUCAUAUGCAUGUGAUCUGUCAUCUGUAUGCUCACAAAAAGUGCAUCUGGGAGGUCUCAACCAUUCUCCUCGCUCCCUUUUUGUUCCUACUCAGCAAUUGAGUGGAAGACAGCAUUACAAUCUCAGGGCUGAAAAUCAGGGCAACUCCAGUUCACUCCAGAAAGGAUCAUUUUUGAGUGGCAAUCAGAAAAAUAAACCACAGAGUAAGCAAGAUGAUGAAUUCUGCAGCAUAUGGCAAUCGUUGCAGGGUUCUGGGAAGUCUCACCACAUUCAACAAAGUGUGCAUGAGAAGGGUGCAGUUCUACCUCAGGAAAUCAAGUUGGGAACUGCCAAUCAGUUCUGCAAGCCAGGCUUCAAUGAGAGCAGCCUUAAAGGCCAGCAAAGAAAACAGGAGCCAUAUAAAAAGUUUAAAGAAGAUUCUAAACUUACAAGAAGUGAAAGUCAGCCGCAUAAUAAGAUAUCAAAUAAGCAGAAUUUUUCAGGACUGAAUAAGUACAAUGUCAAACUUUUGAAGAGAAAUGAAAGUCCCAAUGUGCCUGUAAUACAGAAGGCUUCGGUUGAUGGUCCCUGUACGGCUGGAAAGAAGGACAAUGAACUUGAAAGCCUUCUAGCUUCUUUGAAAAUUUCCAAAGAAAAUGAAGUGCAGACUAACUCCAAAGAAGCAGGAGCUACAAAUGAAGAACAUCUAUCACCACAGUCAUUUGCUAUGAAAGGAACACAGAUGCUCAAAGAAAUUUUGAAGAUAGAUGGCUCUGACCUGGAGACCAAGAAUGAAGUGAAAUCCCAAGUUAAUGAUGUUCCUGCUCCCCCUAGUAGACAGGAUUCCCAUGGAGCUGCCUCGCAGUAUAGACAGACAAAAAAAAUGGCUGCUUAUAUGAACAAGCCUUAUAGUACUGGAGGCCCUCAGAAUGCAGCAGCCCUGGAAACUGGAGGUCAUCCUUUCGUUGGUCCACAGCCUACACUGUCUACUCCUGUUUCUGAACUUUCUCAUAUUUGUUCUCUUCUUGGAAUGUCACAACCUGAUUUCUCUUUCCUAAAAACACCACAGACCAUGACAGUUUGUCACAUAAAGUUGUCCAAUGGUUUGUUGGUUCAUGGACCACAGUGUCAUUCCGAAACUGAAGCUAAGGAAAAAGCUGCACUUUUUGCUUUACAGCGAUUGAGCUCUAUAGGAGUGAACUUCCCUUUGCCUCCACCUCCACCAGUGUUUCCAAAUUAUCAACCUUUGGGAGUUCCUGUGCCACCUGGAUCUAUUCCUCCAGUCUUUACACAGCCUCCUGCUAAUAUAAUGCCUCCAUCAUCUCACAUGUUUGGUCCAGUGUCGUGGGGAGCUCCAGUGCCUAUUCACGGCAAACAUUAUUAUCCUGGUUCCUAUGCAGGAAAUAUGCCUCUGGCAGGAACUAUACCAGUUGGUACUCACAACCAGUUUAUACCUUUGCAGGUAACUAAAAAAAGGGCUGCUAGCAAGAAAAACUUUGAGUUCAAGGAGUUUCAGAGUUCCCCUCAAGCUGCACCACUAAAGAAUGAACAGCCAGUGUCUUCUGACCACAUUCAGCAAGAUAGUUCUUCAGCUCCUUUAAAAUCUACUCAAGCUGCUCAAUCCACUGUUUCAUUUCAAGACAAUGUGACUACUCCAAGCGUUCCUCAUAACAAAUCAACACCAAACACUUCCAGCAAGCGAAAGCCAAGAAAACUGGCUGUCAAUUUUGGCGCACCAAAAUCUUCAGAAUAAAUAUGGUAGCUAGGUGGAUUUUAUCUUUAACUCUUCCCCCAGUGUUAUGUUACGUCAUUUAAAAAACUCAGAAAGCUCUAUUAAAAAGACCAGCCACUUUAUAAUAUAGAAUGAAAUACAUUUUAUUUGCUAUGCUUUUCAGGUUGUUAUGAAAACUAUAAAAAUUAUGUUAAAACUUAAUUAUAUUGACUUAAAUUAACAAAAGCCAGGAAAUGCUGAGUUAAGGUUACCAUGCCAUCCAUUGUGCCUAAGUUUCUAAACAGUGGCUUACAAACUCUACUGGGUGAGCAGCAAUAACAGUGGCAACCCUAAUUCAGAAUUACCUUGCUCUUUGGGUGGGAUAUGGAGCAGUAAUAAGUUGGGCAUCAAACAUUGCUUAGUGUGACAUUUUGUAUUCUAGCUUAUUUUUAAAUAGAGUAAUGAAAUAAAAAGGAAAAAUUAUUUAAAUGUAGUGUUCUUAUUGGCUCUCUAGGUCUUUUUGAUCUGAAUCAUCAUGAAUAGAACUUAACUACAGUGGAACUGCCAAAUUUGCUAUAACUGUGGACUGCUAGGUUUAAUACCAAAGGCCAACAACUUUACGAUUUUCUAGAAUUAGAGUGGCAAAAGUGGCUGCUGAUGCAGAACUAGUUUCAGGGGAUUAAUUUAUAGAAUAUACUGAAUAAAAAAAUACAUCUGCAAAUUAGAGUCCUCUCUGGAAAAGUACAUUUAAAUUUUUGAGCCAGCAGCUUUAUUAAUUUCAUUGUUUUGGUAAAAUGACACAGAUAUCUACUACAAAUCUGCAUAGCCCCCUUGAAAUGCCAGUAAUAUCCUGAAGUUUUCUUAAUUACAAAAAUGAGCUGAGUAUAAAGAUGUCCAUUUGUAUAGUUUGGCUGUCAAAAUUAUGCUUGCUCAGAGUCCAUUUUUCCCUUCAUGGUACAUUGUUUUGUUGUUAGGUGCUGUUUAAUAUUUAAUUUUAGUUUUGUGGCAAAAAUCUGUUUAGCAAAACUGACAUUAAAUUGUAAUAAACUAUUAGUGUUAGUUUCAUAAUAAUAUCUGGACAAAAGAUGUCAAUGACUUGCAUUUUUGGAGGGAGCUGUGUUUUAAGAAGUAACACCAUUGUGUUUAGUUCAUGUAAAAAAAAAAAAAAACGAGCGAGCGAGAGGGAGAAGGCUGAAAGGCCCCUGUGCUAUUUUUAACCAGUAUGUACUGUUCUCAUUCACAUUAACAGGAAUUCUUCAAUCUAAGAUAAAAUUUGAAGCUUCAGUUGGUGCUGUUUACUGAUGUUGAAUAGAUCUCGUUUCAUUUUCUUCUUUGUUCUAAUUCAUUCCAGAAAAAAAAAUAUUUUUCCUCUAAGCUCAGAAAGCUUAGUAAUAAAGCACACUUCCAUCUUUAGUGAUUCAUUUUGUUUCUCCAAACAGGUUUCAUGUUGGACCUGCAAGUCUGUAUACUUCAGUUUCCCCCGCCUUAUUCUUUGCCUUGAUUUCUUGAUUUAGUAACAAGUUGUACAUUAUCAUUUGAUGAGAGUUAUUUUAAUUAAUUUCUCCAAAACAGUUACUGCCUCAGCAGUAUUUGUAGGAUAGCAGCAAGUCCUGUAAAAAGUACCACAAAGGUAAAAAAUAAAGCUAAGACAUUUUAAUUCAUUUUAUUAUCACAAAUCUUGUAGAGUAGUUUAUAUAUGGUCUUAAAAUACAUUGUUUUUUCUGUUGUUGUUGUUUUCUUUACAGCUGUCUAGUUUUAAGAGGUUUUGAAGCCAUACUCCAUGAAGGGAAAGCUGACCUUUUCAGUGAUUUAUUGUCAUCAGUAAUGUGAUACUGACAUGUUGCUUUCAUGCCAGUAUUUUAGAAGUGAUUAUAUGCAAUUUAGUUAUGAGACAGAGAUUUUAGCCCCCCCCAUCUAUACGAACUGUCUGAUCAUCAUAGAAAAAUCUGUUUAGAAAUUCCCAUGAUGGAAAUUAGACUGGAUUACAUUCGUAUAUCACCUGUAUCUCCCAGGCUCCAGUCCCUUUUAAAUUUUACCUCAUGUGUCAUCAUAAAAGUAUUGAUGAUUGGUGUAGAUACUGUAGUCUCUGCUGAAACUCUGAACUUAAAAUUACAGAAUUUCCGUAUAUCUGGAUAGCCAAUUUAUGCAGAUGGACAAAAUUUUGAAGGGGACUACUAACAGUAGUAAACACAGCAACUUUUCUUCAUUGAUCAGUUAUUAUUUUCAGACUGACUCCCCUGCAUCUUUCUUUAGAAAUGCUAUAUAUAGUUUACAUAGCUGGUUGAACACUUAAUUCUGUACUUGUUGCGUAUUGUCUGUGUCCCCUGUCUUUAGUUUCAAUAUUCUAUGAUAUUGACUGCAUGGUGCCCAGUUAAUUACAGUUUUACAUGUCCUGGUACAUGUGACCUCUGCAUUGAUCUAUGCCAUUUCCCCUAUGAUUUCAGUUAUUUGGUUUUAUAUUUUAACUAUGUGAUUGCAUUUAAUUCAUACAGGUAUACAUUUAAGCAUUUGUUUUUCUCAUAGAUAUAAAGUAUUUUGUAAGCACUGGAAUUUUUCAUUAGAUCUUAUACAGAGCAGUAUUUUACUAAAAAUCCGAAAGGGAAGACUUUUAUGUGCGCAUUUUUGUAGUCUCUGAUUUUUUUUAAUAACUUUUCAUUGUUUAUCUGCCAAGUGAAAUGUUUUAAAUUUGCAUAUGAAUGGAUACAGAAUGUAUUUUUUGUGCUGUUUAGUGUUAAGUGUGCAUUUGCAGAUUUUUAGCAUGUAGUUGCACAAAGGACUGUGCAAAGAUAUUUUAAAAUAUGAAUAUAUGAUACACUGAAGGAAAAACAUUCAUAAGAGUUAAAUGCUAUAUAAAACUUUAAUGCAAUAGAAUAAUUUUAUAAAUUGUGUCUGUGUCUGCUUGGAUUAAAUAUUGAAACAAGAAACA